AUGUCGGACAGGAAACCCGGCAUCCCCGCCUGGCAGCGCGCCCAGCCGCCAUCAUCCACGCCCUCCGACUCCGCUUCAUCCGCCUCGGGAGACUCGCCGCCGCCCACUCCAAGCUCAGACUCCGCCUCCGAGCACGCCGACGAGUCGCACCCCGAGCCGCAGCCAAGUUCCCUGGACGCGAGCGAACCUCCGAGCGAUGCCGCCCUCCUCCUGCAGCAGGCACUCAAAUUCUUGAAAGACCCCUCAAUCCGCGAUGCGCCCAACGACCGAAAGCGGAGCUUCUUGCGCUCCAAAGGCGUGUCCGAGGAGGACAUCCAGCUGCUGCUCGCCGACGUGAAGAUGCAAGAUACACCGCCAAGCUCAGUGGCUCCGCCAAAGUCCCCUGCGACUCAGCAACCUUUAUCGCCUCCGCCCACCGCCUCCCGUGCUGCUCCGAAACAAAUCCCACCCAUUGUAACGUAUCCAGAAUUUCUGACCCAGCCAACCUCACCACCGCCGCUCAUUACCGUCUCGCGUGUUCUCAACGCCAUAUACGCUGCCGUAGGAUUGGGUGCUGUGACAUACGGCGUGUCGAACUACCUUAUCAAGCCAAUGGCCGAGGAGUUGGUUGGAGCGCGGGCAGAGUUUGCAGUCAACACAAAGUCCAACAUUGAGAAGUUCAAUGAAAAGUUGGAGAGCAUGGUCUCUACUGUGCCCAAGCUCGACAACAACGGAAAACCAUUAGCUUCAGAGCAGGAGAAAGAUGCCGUCUCCGAUGUGGACUCGGACGAGGACCCCACAGAGCUGUACCAUCGCGAUUUCGGGACACAGACAAGUCCCGCUCUCUCACGCCGUGCGAGUGUCGCAUCUUCUGCAGGUGGCUCGGACAAGCCUCCGGCAACGCCGGUUGAAGCACAAUCUGCGCACCUGGAUAUGUUGACUGCUGAGUUGCGCGGGUUUACCUACAUGACAAGAGGCAAUUCGACAGCCGAUGACGCUGUGCAGACACAGCUGGGAGAUUUGAAAAACUACCUCAACGAAAUGGCUUUCUCGAGCCCCUACUAUGGAAGCGACAUCUAUGGCACCAGGUAUGGUGGUAGUUGGAGAAAGUCAGGCGAGGAUGACGCCAUGGAGGCCUUCAAGGCCGACAUCAGAAGUGUCAAGGGUGUUUUUCUCUCAUCAAGGAACUUCCCAAGCUCGCAGCAAAGAGGCCUUAGGAGGUGA